AUGGGAAAUAAAAAUUCUUCUUCAAAUCUCAAAAGAAAACAGAACACUCUUUUUUUAAACAAACAUGAAACCAUUGAUUCAAUUGAAGGAGAGAAACCGAAAUAUUACCUACCAAAUGAUUCAAAUGAUAUCGAUGGACUUCAUUUGAUACAUUUCUUGAAGAAACAUUUAUAUCAUAACAAUUUCUCCGUUCCUAUCGAAGAACAUCUAAUUCAAGGAGGAUGUAAAGUAUUGGACGUUGGGUGCGGUCCUGGUACAUGGUUAUUGGAUCUGUCGAUGAAAUAUAAGGAUUCUUAUUUCUUUGGAUUAGACAUAAUGCCGGUAUUUCCAAUUGAGAUAAAACCAAAGAAUUUGGAAUUUAUUGAAUCAGAUAUAUUUAAAGGGUUGCCAUUUCCCGAUAACGUAUUUGAUUUUGUACAUCAAAGUUCGAUGUUAUUUGCUGUAAGAACGGACCAAUGGGAUUAUGUGAUUUCUGAACUCAUAAGAGUAACGAAGCCAGGUGGAUUCAUUGAACUCGUAGAAUUUACCGGAAGCCAAAACAAUGGUCCAGCCUUAACUAAUCUAUAUGACAUCUAUCAAGAUUCUUGUUCUCAACGAGGCGUAGACUUGUUGUUAACAUGUAAUCUCGAUAACAUAAUUCAAGCAAAUGGAGACAUAACCAAAGUUCAAAAUGAUACAAGAUCAUUUUUAAUUGGACCAAAUGGUGGUAAGCUUGGCAUGGUAAUGCAAGAUAUCUUUUUGAUGUAUAAUACUUCUGUAACGUCAAUCGAACAUUUAAGUUCGAAGCAAGGAAUUUCUAAAGUAGUAGUUAAAAAUAUGCUAAAUGAAAUCGUAAAUGAAUUAAAAGAAUUUCUAUUUGAGAACCCAGUAGUUGGUUCUAGUCCAAAUUCAAUAGAAAUCGCAUUCUGA